UGCACAGCCUGACUCCUGCGCUGCUCCUCAGUCCGACACUUUCUUUCUGUUCCGCCGCCGCGCAUAGCGAUACGCACGGUGCAUUUACCUGUGCGCACUGUGGGCGGUCCACAGUGGGAGGAAUAUUUCACUCCCCUUGUCCACUCCCCUCAUACACACACACACACACACACAGAGAGAGAGAGAAACUUAGUGCAGACCUGAUCGAGGAGCAGAGGUGAGAUCAGAGGAGAGGGAGAGAGACAGAGGCGGUCGCAAACGUCUGUGUGAACUGAGCUGAAGUUUCUUGGCUCAUCGGAGAAUAAAGGAAUAAUCUGGAGGUGCUUUUGCCCCACGCUGCGCUCUUGUGGAUUUUUUUUUUCGGAAGAAUGGCGAGAGAUUACGCAUCGCGCUGUCCGGUGUCUCCGCUCAGACACACUGUCCUGGUGGCGGCGGUGAUUCUCCUUGUGGCACAAGGUAUCGGGGCCCAGAAAGUACGAGUGGAGGAGGAGCUGGAGGCGUAUCCCACAGAGUCAGUCGACCUACGCUGCCAAUUCAUCGACGGGGGAGGCCGAACCAAACUCACACAGGUGUCUUGGAUAUGGGAACCUUCUGAUGGCAUCCGGGACAACAUUGCCGUGUACCACCCACACUACGGGCAGAGUUUCCCCAACUCGGCUUUCAAAGACCGAGUUGUCUUCCUGCACAACAGCCUGGAGAAUCCGUCCAUCCGGAUUUCUAACCUGAAAAUGUCCGACGCCGGCCGCUACACCUGCGAGUACGCCACCUAUCCGUCCGGGAACGAGCAAGGCACGACCACCCUCGUCAUGCUCGCCAAGCCUAAGAACUCAGCCAAAGUGGUGACAGUCCAAGCCGGCACCAAAUCGGUGGUGGUCGCCCAGUGUGAGGCGGCAGACGGCAAACCGGCCGCGACCAUCAAGUGGCUGGCGUCGGUCGGUGGCAACCACUCAACCAGCACCACCAACGGGCCAGAUGGGACAGUGACAGUCCGCAGCGAGUAUCGUCUGGUUCCCACGCCGAUGGACGACGGCAGAGAGGUGACCUGCAGGGUGGAGCAGCGGACACAGGAGCAGCCGUGGGUUUAUCCCGUCAAGCUUUCUGUAGAGUAUCCUCCCUCUGUGUCAAUAGAAGGCUACGACCACAACUGGUACGUCGGCCGCUCGGAUGCCGAGCUCCUGUGCAUGGCCAACGCCAACCCGGCGCCCACCACCGUCACCUGGACUGCGGCGUCGGGCUCGUUGCCGGACACGGUGGUGGUGGACGGCAACAAGCUGACGGUGAGGAAAGUGGACGACGCCGUCAACACCACCUUCAUCUGCGAGGUCAAGAACAAGCACGGGGCGAGCAGGCACCAGAUCACCACCAUCGUCAUCGAAGAGCGGCGGCCGGUCACUCCGGGCCCGUCCACGGGCGCGGUCAUCGGUGGCAUCCUGGGCGCCCUCGCCUUCAUCGGCAUCAUCAUCGGCGUCAUCUUCUACGUCCGCAAGCGGCUGGAGGACGACGAAGGUCCACCCAAGCACAGGCCUCCUCCACCUGUGAAGGCGGGCAGCUCCACAGAGAUGCUGAACAAACCGUCAGCUCCUGCCACAGAGAACGUUCCGCUUAGCUCGAGGGAAGUUUACUACGAGACCACAGGGCCUGUCACGAACCUGGACGACGACAUCAGCGGUGCCCUGAACGGCGGCGCCCCCCCGGUCCUGGACGACAUGGUCAGAUACGACGACGACGACGAGUUCAAAGACGAGUUUGACCCGUCCAACCACGAGCUGCCGCCGGCCGCCAACAUCUCCCGCGGCGAGAGCUUCGUCUCUCCCGCCAUGUAUGUGUAGCCGUGGGCGACCACGGCAACACGUCACGGGCACAUGGGCAUGAGUCUCCAGGUCACCUAAAUCUGCAUGAAAAGCAAAAAAACUAAAAAAAAAGCCGAGCACACGUUAAAAAUUAUAAAUUGUAUUAUAAAUUCUGACUAUUUUAAAUUUCUUAACUUUCACAUUAUGACGCUUUAGCAUCAGGGGUUUAUUUUUUACUUAUGAGACUCAUUUAUGGGGAAUUAUGGCGUGAAAUGUUUAAAAAAAUAAUUCUGGGGUCUAUAGAGGAAUGGGUGUUCACUAAUGGUAGUUUCUGAUUUGGUUUUUUUUUAUUUCUGCAAACCGAUGGGUCACGCAAAGUAUUACAUUUGCGAAGAAAUCAGUGAAAUUAAGUGUAAUUUUCGUGGUGCGCGCGCACACACACACACACACACGCAGAAGUGGAUGGUUUCUAAUGAGCCGCACAGCCAUUGAAAUCAUACGUGCGUUACAUAUGAUGAGGCGGGGGCUUUUACACACUUUCACAUGAGGGUGAAAGGUGUUUUGGUAUUGUAGGUGAACUGGAACGCUCCCCGCAGCUACUUCACACACACGAUUUAGUCUGUGUGACGCGUUUUGAAUCAAUUUCCACCAAAAAAAAAGAAUCAGCACAACAGCAGCUUUUUCUUUUCUUGUUUUUUUUCCUCCCCCUGUGAGUUCAAUUUGAAAUAUGACAUGCAACAUUUUGUGCCAUUAAAAACACACAUCAGCAAUUGUUUUUAUUAUUAUUAUCUGAAGCUGCAGGUCCAGGGUUUGAAAAGUGAUUUGAACUUUAAAUUUGGAUAAAAGGAACGAAACAUGAGAAAGUUUGAAGUCUGAACCCCAAUCAUCUGGCUCUGCAGGCAGCUUCAAAUAAUCCCUUAACUCCUUUGAAUAAUCAUUAAAAACAACCCUCCCCCCCACUUUUUGACAAGGCUACCAUCCAAUAAUCCAACAUUCCACUUUAUUAAAAGCCUCAUCUUCUCCAGCGACCGCCGGCAUGUUUGCGGCCGCUCGUUAGCGUUAACGAAGGGGAAGUGACAUCGCUCCGACUCUGCCGUAACCUGGCAACGUGGCGUGAUUAAGAUUCCACGAUUCGUGUUUGCGGUUGUUAAUUGCGUGUCGUGCAGGUGGAGGUCAGUUCCCUACAAAGCACACACACACACACACACACACACAUUCAGCUCUCCGGUAACAAACCACACCACACUGAGGAAGAAAAAGCAUCAUAAGAAGUGUUUGUUUGUUAAAAAAAUGUCCAGCACAUAUCAGAAAAAUACUGCCAUUACGGCCAUUUUAACAGAUAGGAGUGGUCGAACGCUCUGAUAUAUGCGGGACAUUUCACCCAUUUUGUAUUUUAGCCAAAAAACAACAAAAAGAAAACAACCAAUGCCUGACGGAAUCAAAAAGUGGUCUUUAUCGAUGUCAGAUGGUACCAAAUGGUGAACAAUGUAAAUAGUAUUGAUAAUAUUGAUUAAUAAUAUAUUGUUAGUGACAUGUGUACACAUAAAAAAAACAAAAAAAACAAGCAAAGUGUCGGUGUGUUAUCAGUGCCUCUGUACAGGGGAUGGAAGUGUGUUAAGUGUCAAAUUGAGCGACUUAAAAUGACGUGUAUAUGACUAUUUUACUUUUCACUGGUGCACAGCGGUCGUCACUUCAUACUAAUAUAUUUUAUUUGAGUAUAUACAGUAUAUGAAAAAAAGAAAACAACAUAUGAAAUGGUGUGGGCUUUUUGCUCCUUGUUCAUAUUACUCUGCAUGGCAUGAUCGGUGGCUUGUUGAAACACUUUUCCCAAGGCUGUGUGUGCGGAAUAAUCUCUCUCUCUCAUUUGUAAAAGCAUUCUUGAAUGUCAAAAAGACAGUUGAGGUUUUUUUUUUUUUUUGCUUCAUCUCCCAUUUCAAUGCAUCUGUCACAGUCGCGCACAACAUGAGUUCAAUUUUAGUUGAGAGAGUGGAGGUGCGGGUUUUUGACAGGCCUGUUUUUUUCAUGUUGAUGGUUAAAUUACCGGCUGGAGUUGAUCCGACCUGGUAAAAUAACCCAUAAAAGUGCAGAUGCAGGUGUGGAUGAAGCAAGAUUUUAUUUAUUUUUUUGAUUGUGGUUUUUUCAGUCUCCAAAGCUCCAACAUAAUGAGUAAUGAUGAAUAUCUGAAUGUUUAACAAUGCAGGGAGGGUGAAACAGCUUCCAAAAAUGCAUAUACAGUAGAAAUCCACAGCUCGGCAACUGGACAGCAGACAUUAUCUAAGCUAAAUUUGCUCCAUAGUAUGGUUUAAAACAAUAAAUACUUCUUAUCAUAAUUAGGAAAUUACAAACUCAAAAUUUAAGACCCUAAAGAGUUUAUCUUCAGGAUUCCACUCAGUACAUGCACAGUUUAAUCGAGCUAAGGCCUUAGUCUGACUAAGACAGCCAAUCGGACUAUUGACCGUGUACGCCUGACUCCCCUCUGUAGGUGGCGCUGUAUCUCUCUAUAAGCUACUGCGUAUUGAAUCAGUUUCCCGUUGAGCUUUACGUCACAGAAAAACUGUGCGAUGCCAUCGUGCUGUGGUUCUAAACGAUAAAUCUCGUCUCUCAAUCGGUCCAAAAGUGUCUUCUCCGUAUUUUUCGCUCUCACCAAUAACGUCGCGUUGUUUGUUCUUUUUACGGCAGCAGUACUGGAGUUUAUACGUCGUCUCCUUCUACGUAAAACCAUAGAGGAAAGUUUGGUGCUGAACGCCAAAGUCUCACUUCAGCCUGACUAAGCCCAUACGUACAGGAGUAAUCAGACUAUGAAUCACACUAUCCAGGUAUGUUAGUCCGACUAAGACUGGCUCGGUUUUAGCCGGACUAAUGUGUUUAUAUGACAUUAAGAAAACCAAAAUGACUGUCUUAGUCCGACUAAAAUCAGACUUCUUACAUGUAUGUAAACACACUGAAUUACAGCUGCUUUCAUUUAAACUCACAGCUGAGAUGUGUUUGUCCCCUAUAAUAUCCCAAAUUACAAAAUUCAUUGUAAAAGAGUCAAAAUAUGUGGGUCCAUCCCUCGAAAUGUUUCACUCUUCGAUUGUAGUUACAAAAUGUUCUGUUUUUUGUAUGUAUGACAAUCAUGUGUUUAUAUUUAAUCAUAACUGGCUCUGGUGAAGGGGCUGUUUUUUUUUCAUAUUCUUAUAUUAUUAUUAUUGUUCACACUGUUGCAUUUUUUUUUUUACCCCGUUGUUUUUUGUUUUUUUAUUUGCUGAUUUCCUCUUGGAUCCAUGACUGUACAGGGACAGCAACAGUGUCUCCAGUAUCAAAGUUUUCUUUGUACGUCUGCUUUUUCAUGUCUAUUUUUGAUCAAAGGGAACAACAUCUGCAUGCUGCAUGGACCUACAGGGGGAAAAACAAAUGCUCUUUUCUUGUUUUGCAAGAAGAGUCGUGCCACCAUCAAGAGUAUUUGGCUUUUUGACCCGCUUACAUAGUGCAAUGUCAGACAGUCGUGUUUUAUGGCCCCGCCAACAAACAAAAAAAUUAUCAUGAAAGGGAAAUUAACUGUGAUGGCUUUGCUCUUUUGUCUGUAAAUUAAUUUUCCAAAGUGAAUUAAUAUUUAGUUUCCUGUGGAGUAAUGUGUUCGCCGUGUUUGCCAGCAGGCUGCUGUUGAUAGAUGGACAGAAAGGGAACAAGACAAUCAUUUGGGAUCCAUUAUAUCGGAGAGUGACUCAGCGAGCUUUCAGUUAUGAGGCUCGGCUCUGUCGUCUCAUCGCUCAGCUUCAUCCCGAGUCUGUGAUGUACUCGACAGAAACUGCACUGCAGAUAGUUUGUUUAUGCUUUGCUCGCGUGUCGUGUGCAGAGGUUGAAAACUGGUCCACUUUCCAAGCGAGCGUGAGCCAAUCAGGCAGCAUUUUAGCAACAUUAGCACCUCUGUCAGAUCGACUGUCGUUCAGGUGCAGCAACAGUGCUAACCACUAAGCCACCGUACCACCCAGACUGUAGAAAAGCUAGCUAACUUUUACUGAAGUCUGCCAUGACGGCAACUGCUCCACUAACGUUAGAAAGCCACCAACAGCACCAAACAUCAAGAAUUUACAAUGAAUUCUAUGUGUUUACUUUUAAAGUUUGGGUCUGUAACUGUGAAUAAAAGCUAACGGUAGCAGGUUUUCGACUCUUGCUACAAAGUAGGACUUGACACAGACGUUCAGCAACACUUGGGUCUGUACGUGAUGGGAAAGCUAAUGGAAGCUUAACAGACUACAACGAAAACACCAAUAUUUGUAGUUUAAAUGUUGACCGUUUCUCUGCCACGACUGGCUAACUACUGAACUUCAUACAGUGGCUACUGUCUUCUCUUCAGCAGUGUUUGACUCUGUGGCUUGUCGUGAAGAGUUUGUGACCUCGUGCUGCAUGGCAGGAAUCAUUCCGCGUAAUCUGAGUGAAAUUAUUCGUCCUACUUAUGUAAAGUAUUUUGAGGUUUGCAGACACCACUUUUUUAUUUUGAUGUAUUGAGGGCUACAGUACCGGGAAACAAAUACAAACAUUAAAGGAAGCUUUAAUGGCGUUCCUUAAUAAUCCUGAGAUACACUAUAUGGACAAAAGUAUUGGGACACCUGACUUUUACACCAACAGGAAUUGUAAUGA